GGUGCAGGCGCAGAGGACUGAGUUUGGCUGGACUCGAUUUAAAGAGACAGAAGCUGCCGGGGUCUAAGAAGACGGUCCCCAAGACCCUCCCCCCAAGUCCUUGGGACCACUUGGGUCCCCAAAGCUGGGGAUAUGGUUUGCGGCGGCUUUGCCUGCUCCAAGAAUGCGCUGUGCGCGCUCAACGUAGUCUACAUGCUGGUAGGCUUAUUGCUCAUUGGAGUGGCUGCUUGGGGUAAGGGCCUUGGUCUGGUGUCCAGCAUCCACAUCAUCGGAGGAGUCAUUGCUGUGGGAGUCUUCCUUCUUCUUAUCGCAGUGGCUGGACUGGUGGGUGCUGUGAACCACCACCAAGUACUGUUAUUCUUUUACAUGAUCAUCCUUGGCUUGGUCUUCAUCUUCCAGUUUGGAAUAUCUUGCUCAUGUCUGGCUAUUAACCGGAGCAAACAGACAGAUGUCAUCAAUGCUUCCUGGUGGGUCAUGAGUAAUAAGACCCGGGAUGAACUGGAAAGAAGUUUUGAUUGUUGUGGCUUGUUCAACCUCACAACCCUGUAUCAACAAGAUUAUGCUUUUUGCACUGCAAUAUGCAAGAGCCGGAGCCCCACAUGCCAGAUGUGUGGAGAAAAGUUCCUUAAGCAUUCAGAUGAAGCCCUGAAAAUCUUGGGGGGCGUCGGAAUCUUCUUUAGUUUUACAGAGAUCCUUGGUGUUUGGCUAGCUAUGAGAUUUCGCAAUCAGAAGGAUCCUCGAGCCAACCCCAGUGCCUUUCUGUAAGACUUUGGCUCCUUCUGACUUCUCUCCUGCUCUAAGUUUUUUCUUCCUCCAUUAGGGAAAACCUAGGGUCUGCAGCCUUUUUGUUUGAGAAAAAGGAAAGGCCCUUUGCCACAUCCCCUAAAGAUGACUGACUAAGCCAGUCAUGGCUUGACAUGUUCUGGUGGGAGCAAGGCUAUAAGGAAUAAAGAAGAUCCUCCUCCCUCUCUCCUUAAGUGGAUCUGCACAGCUCUUGGGAAUGCAUGAAAUGGGAUGGGGUAAGAGUCAUUCGUGGCUGUUUCCCUUCUUUUCCCCUCCAUAUGCUGGAUCAUUCCACAUAACCUGGACUGGCUCUGGGAGAGAACCAUCAAGAACUCAUUCUUCUAAUAGGCAGUACCCAGUUUGGGGAAGUUCAGUGAAUAUAAAAAAUAAAAGCCAUUUAAACUCCAUA